AUGGGUGCAUCAAAAUCGAAGGAUAGCCAAUGUCAAAUCAAACUACCAAAAUUUUACCGCGCUAGAAAAGACCUGGAUUUAACCAUUUGUCCGGCCAGAAUAGACAAAGUACAUGUCGCAGGGUUAAGCAGAACUACCGAGGAUUAUGUGCAACGAGUGGCAUCAAGGGUCUUCAGAGCGACUAACUUUCAGGAUGUUAUCGUCGAGUGCACAGAAGCUUGGGCUAGUUUGAAUGAGUUGGGAAUUUAUAAAGACCUGCGAGUGCAAAUCGACGUUAGUCAAGGAGCCAACGCUUCGCCAAAUGGAUACGAAGUCAGCUUCAUCGGGACGGAAUUGCCUCGAGUGGUGGGAGCGGUUGGAACAGAAGUUGGCCAGAACGAGGGCUCCAUGACUUUUGAUUUAACUACACCUAACGUGCUGGGACGCGGGGAACGUGCAACGCUACACGGAAGCUACUCCAACAGCAAAAGGACGGAUCUCACACUGAGGAUUUCUAAACCCUAUCUGCAUACGGUUUUAGGUGACUACAAGCCAGAAGUCGCUGUUGAAGUAUUCAGACAGGCAGCCAUGGUGCCAAUAAGUGCGUACAAGACCGAAAACUUCGGAAUGUUAGCCGAAUUUAAAAUGUUAUUUCCUCUGAAUUGGCGAGUUUCACACUCUUUCCAGUACGAAAUGUCAUUUCGUGAGUUGUAUGCCCUUGGAAAGCAGUCCCCGUUCUUUAUCUCCCAAAACUGCGGACCAAGGAUGGCUAGUCUACUACGGCAUAUUGCCUCCAUAGACAUGCGGGACAAUCGAAUCUUCCCGACACGAGGCGCCCAUAUGAAAUGUACAACUGAAUAUUGCGGUUUGGGUGGAAAUCUCUCUUAUUUGCUGGGGAACCUACACGCUGAGGUGAGUUUUCCACUUUUCGCUGGCUUGUCUGCCCAGUUUGUGGGUCGUGCGGGAGUGAUUAGAAACAUCGGCAAAAAUCAGCCGGAACCACCGAUUAGCAGCCUUUUUACUCUAGGCGGUCCCUUAACACUGAGGGGAUUUCAAUUCGGCGGUGUCGGCCCCCACUGUGAUGGAUACGCGAUGGGAAUGCAUUCCUAUUGGGCGACGGCCUUUCAUUUAUGGGCGCCGCUACCUUUCUAUUCGUAUUUAGGUCGAUUCGGAGAUAAUUUUAGAUCGCACUUAUUUUACAAUUUCGGAAAUUGCGAUUCGUUUAGUGUAAAUAAUCUGCGAGCUGCGGCUGGCUUCGGGGUAGCAAUGCGAAUUGGAGAACGCGCUCGUAUCGAGUGCAAUUACUGUUAUCCAUUAAACAAGGAAAAGAAUGACCGGACCCAACCAGGACUGCAGUUCGGGAUCGGUUAUGAAUUCAUUUAG